CCCCCAUUUUUGGCUUAUUGCAUUAAAAAGUACUACCUUAAUUUUAGCUUAUUGUGAUAACAAAACCCAAUUUGCCAUAUUGUGAUGAUUGCUACAAAUUUGUGAAUCUGUGAAUGAUCUUAGUUGAUUAUUUUGUUAUGAGAAUGUGAUGUUGAUUCUAAUACUGCUGGUCCUCGUUGAUUAUUUAAUUAAUUGACCUUUUUAUGAGUUAUCUCUGGUUGAUGGUGAUCUAGUUAGUUUAAUUGAUCUGUUGAAUACUUAAGAGAUGAUCUUCAGUGCUCUAAAAACUUUGAAUAUGAACUAAUUUGCAAUCUUAUUAUUAUCUAGAGUUUGAUACACGACAGAAAUGCUCAACAGGUAGGAAAAUCCUAAUUCCGUGGUUGAGCAAAAGUGUUUCUCGGAGGAUCACUUCUAUAUACGCAUAACUCCUUGUAAACUCUUAACUAGGAGUUAAGUAAUAAUCAUGUAUAAAUUUAAACAUGGCAACUAUAAUACACCUAGGGAUAUACAUGCCAUCUUAACAACUGAAUUCAGGCACUGACAUUUUGUUUGUAGGUCACACCUUUCCUUGGAGAUUUCAGUUUACCAAAAUUUUAUUUUACAUAUUCGAGGCAGUCAAUCGACGAAAACAAGAAAUAAAACCUUACAAUAAGCUUCUUUUUAACAACAUUUCCCUUACAACAACUACUUCUAAUCUUCACCAACAGUCCAAUACCAAUCGAAAUCAACACUUCAUCUUCAACUGUGAACUUCCUAGGGUUUAAAUAAUUUUCAAGAUUCAAUUUUAAAUCAGUUUCAGGGACUGUAUUACAUCCACUAGUUCGAAAUGGUUAGUACUAAACGAAAAUCAUCUGAAAUGGUUGAAGAGGAGCCGAAACAGAAGAAGAUCCCCGUUCUCCCAUGGAUGAGAGCUCCUAUAAAUGUUAAUCUUAUUGAAGAUAUUCUAUUGGAACAUGUUCCUGGUCUUGAUCCCAGAUUGGUGGAGGCAUUAAGUAAUAUCAAUGAGAAUUUUACUACAUUGUAUCCAAUUCAAUAUGCAGUAUGGAAACAAACAAUUGGACCUGGUCAAUUCGAGAGAGACCUUUGUAUUCAUUCACCAACUGGAAGUGGAAAAACCUUAUCUUAUGCAUUGCCUAUUGUUCAAUCUCUUUCAACACGGAAUGUUAGACGCUUACGCGCGUUAGUCGUCUUGCCUUCCCGUGAUUUGGCAGUGCAGAUUCGUCUUCGAACGUUGGUAAAAAGUGUAUUUGAAUCUAUAGCACCAGCUGUGGGGUUAACUGUUGGUUCAGCUAUCGGUGGUAAAGGUAAAAUGUCAGAUGAGAUAGCACAGCUCAUUAAGCGGCCUGAGCUCGAGGCAGGUGUUUGGUAUGACCCAGAGAAAGAAUUAGAAAGCGGAGUUGAUAUUUUAGUGGCAACACCUGGAAAACUGAUGAACCAUAUUAAAACAACAAAGGGAUUUACUCUUGAGCAUCUUCAGUUUCUUGUAGUUGAUGAAAUAGACAAGCUACUUGGAGAGGAAUAUCAAGAUUUUCUUCGUGCUGUGCUUCUAUUGACCCGUUCAGAUGAGGAACACCAGUUUUCACAUAUGAGGGCUUCUCAAUCUUUGUUCGGUCCCCUGAGAACUAUAAGAAGAUCCGGUAAUGAAAGGGGGUUUAAAGGUAAAUCUUCCCCGAGGCUUGUGAAGAUGGUUUUGUCUGCCACUCUGACCCAAAGUCCUAGCAAGCUUUCCAAGCUUGAUCUGCAUCAUCCUCUGUUUUUGUCAACUGGCCGCUAUAAGUUACCUGACAAGCUACAAUUAUUCAAAUUGACAUGUGAAGUAAAAUCUAAACCUCUUUACUUGGCGGCACUUCUGCAUGAGCUAAAAGGAGAACAAAGUGUUGUUUUUGCAAAAUCUAAGGAUUCAACUCACGAACUUUGUACCAUGUUAAAUUGUUUUGAUUUGCCCUUUAAGAUCAAAGAAUAUUCUGCUUUUCAACCUCAAUCUCUACGAAGCAAGACGCUCGAAAAAUUUCGGGAGGGAAAAAUACAGGUGCUUAUUGCUUCAGAUGCUAUGACUCGUGGUAUGGAUGUUGCAGGGGUGAGGAAUGUGAUUAACUACGCUAUGCCUUUCCAUGUUAGGACAUAUAUCCAUCGCGCAGGUCGGACUGCCAGGGCAGGGAAUAGUGGGCAUUGCUUCACCUUUCUGGCAAGAAAUCAGGUUGUUGAGUUUAAAAAACUUCUGAAAGAAGUUGAUAAAGACUCUUGUAGUGUUCAUAAUGUACCCGAAGAUAUAUUCGAAAAACUUAGCUCAGUUUAUGAUUCUGCAAAGCAGAAAUAUAAGGAGUGCAUGCAACAGGAGAAGUUCAAAAAAAGACGUCAAAUGAACUUCCAGUCUUCCAGAGCCUCGGAAGGAAGCAUGGAGAUCAGCCAGGAAGUGGAAUAGUCAAACGAUUUAGGGUUUGGUAUACUCCCAUCACCAAACUUUGGUUCUUCUGUAUGUAAAAACUAGUUAUUGCACAAGCCAUUUCUUAGAAAGUAAAUGUGAUAGUAAUGCGAAUAAUUCCUUUUUUUAUGUUACAGUAAUUCCUCAAGUGAAAUUGUGUACCAAAAUGUUAAUUAAUAUUUCAAUCACAUGUUUUAACCAACAACUUGAGA